AUGGGUGCAUGCACAUCAAAAUCAAGAAAGAACAAAGAGAAACAUUUGAAAGCUGAUCAAACAAAUGCAGAUCAUAACAAUAAAAAGGAUUCGCCUAUUGACCAAACAUCGGCCAAUAAUGCCGAUCAAUUUGCUAAUGUUCCGUUUAUUGAUUCCGAAGAUAAGUUAAAUACAACAACUUCGUCACAAGCACCACCCUCAUCAACGGAACAAGCAAUACCAUCUAAUCAAGAUAACGAUAACGACGAGCGUACAACCGUCAAAACAAAUUUCGAAACAAAUGUAUCUUAUUCGAGUGCCGAGACCAUUGACAAACUCAAACAAGAAGUGUACACGUUCCUUCGCGAGAAAAUCUUUCCCAUUGCCGAAGAGAAACAAAAACUCGUUGAUUAUGUUCAUAAAAGAAUUAUUGGCGGUACAAACGAUAAUACAUUGAUUGAUCAAAGCCUCGAGCAAUGUUUCAAUGAUAUUCAACAACACAAACAUCCCGACAAUGAUAAUGACGACAAAAUCAAACGGCGUCUCAUGAAUAUUGUAACUAUCUAUGUCGCAUCUCAAUCCUCCGAUAAUUCGUUCUUGAAAGCACUCUACGAUAAAAUGGGACCAUCAUUGGAUUUGAAUUCAUUGAAUGCUGAAACCAAUGAACAUGAAGUUGUUAAUGUAACAGUAACCAAAACAGUACGACAAAUUUUUGUCGAUGGCUCAUCGGCGUUAGUCGUCAAUUCCGCAAGUGAAACAACGACCGACGUACCGAAUAGUGUUAUUCAUUUGGAAAAUAAUGAACAUCACAUUCCUGCUGAUUUACCCGAUGAUAUCCGGCGCAAGGCUGAACAAAGAGCCGCAGACGAGACACAUGAACAUAAUCAUACAUUUGAAGAAGAGUUUCCCGUGGACGAUCCGAACGUUCAACAUGCAGCAACAAAAAUUCAAGCGCAAUUUCGUGGAUUCAAAACCAGACGAGAAUUAGAAAAAAUGAAAGAAAAAUCGGACGGAAUUACUCAUUCUAAUCAAGACGAAUCAAAUUAUGAUGAUGAACAAUCCCGAACACCCAGCGAUGAAUACCAAAAACCAUCGGACAUAUCAAAUGCACAUCAGGAUGCCAUUUUCGACAAUGAAAACAUCAGCGAAGAGGAAAAACGCGAACAAGAGCGUGCCGCAGUAUCCAUUCAAGCACAAUUUCGUGGUUAUAAAAUUCGAAAGCAUCUCCGAGAAACAUCCGAUGACAAACAAGAAAAGGUACUUUCUGCUGAUGAUGACAAACCAUCAUCUCAUUUCAAUGAUCAUCAUCAUAAUAUAACAUCAAUCGAUGAGAUGAAAACCGUGAUAGUUGAUGACAACAUCAUUCUCAUGUUUUGGUACGAUCAUUGUGACAGAUCAGAUCUAUAUAUGUCAAAAAACAGUUCAUUACUACCAAACAAAAACGGACAUAGUGAGCAGGUACAUCAUCGAACUGAAUCUACUUCGAAUUCUGAACCUAUCCAAGAACACUACGACGACUUUGAAAUCGACGAUAUGAGCGAUCCAAAUCUUGAAAAAGCAGCAACACGCAUCCAAGCAUCCUAUCGGGGUUACAAAACUCGAAAAGAUUUAGGCUCUCAUCCAGGAGUUCCAUCAUCUGGCCAUGAACAAGAUCAUCUAUCAUCAUCAACUUCUUCCCAAGCGCAUGAAGAACACGAUAAUGCACGAAAUAAGAACAUUUUAUCACCAUCAGCUGAAGGCAAUAAAGUUCCAGCCGGCGAAGAAGAAGAAGAAGAAGAUAAUGCAGCUGCUGUUAGAAUUCAGGCUGCUUAUCGUGGCUAUCGAGUUCGAAAAGAGUUAGAAAAAUAA